CUCUUGCCAUCCCUGCCACCGUGGGUCUGUGCCAACGGGCACGGGAGGGCGGUGGCCGCGGCGAGGCAGCGCAGAUCCCUCCCGCGCYUAGCACUCCCGUCAUGUGGUUUCGUACCCCCUGGACUCAUUUCCAAAAAAGCAUUUCCUCCUCCUGGUUGGGCGUAAAAGCCUGUGUGGGGAGCGCUAGCGCUCACUCGCCACGAGUCCCGUGCUGCUGACGGCAGCCGUGGGGUGCCGGGGCACCCUGCCCGGGGACUGAGCUGCCCCGACACCCCACCGCACCUGCUGCCCGGCUCCCCGCACCGCCCCGGCAUGACCCAGCCGCAUCGGCCACAAGGAUGAAGUGUUGCUGCCCUGGGGUGGCUUGGGUGAUCUUGGCAGCGYUGUGGCUGGCGGCCAGCGAACUGCAGCCCCCGGGGUGGCCACGRGACCUCACCGUGCCGCGGAGGCAGCGGGUCCUGGUGCAGCCGCUGCUCCGCCUGCGGAGACAUGUCACCAGACAGCCCUGCCCCGCCGGCAUGAACUGGGUCGAGACUGCUCACCAGUGCUGUCGCCAGUGUCCCGCAGGUGAGCUCUGCCCAGCCCGUGCGCCAUGGCACAGCACACCAUGGCACAGCACACCAUGGUACAUUGCUGUAGGUGGCCGUGCUCCCUGUCACCCCACUGUCCCUGCAGGGACAUUCCUGUCCAAGCCCUGCACGAGUACUGAGGAACGCAAGUGCCACCCUUGUGAGCCCGGUACCUUCCGCGCCCAGCCCAACACCCUCAGCAAGUGCCAGGCUUGCUACGAGUGUGACCGACAAGCUUUCCAGAGUGUGCUGAGCAACUGCUCGGCCACCAGCAACGUCGCCUGUGGCUGUGAGCCUGGCCACUUCCGUGACUGCCUUGACAAGCACUGCAUCGAGUUCUCUUGCCAGAAAUGCCAGCCCUGCACCGGACGCCUCAUCCAGCGACCCUGCUCGGAGGAGCAGGACACACUCUGUGACAGCAACUGCAAGCCUGACUUCUACAGAGAKGGCGACGAGUGCCGGCCAUGCCACACGAGCACGCCGGACACGUGUGGCAAAGAGUGCCAGCAAGUGUGCAGCAGCAGCAGCAGCAGCGACCAAGGCUCAGGUCUGGAGUACAUCCUGCUGGGACUCACCGGGCCCCUCUUCCUGGGUGCCCUCGCCAUCUACCACAAGAGGAAGAGGCUCUGGCAUGAUUCUCUGGCAGGUGGUCCCCUCCCCACGGCAUGUGCAGCCAACCCUAUGGGCGGGUCUGUGGCUACGCCGUGGUGCCAGUUCAGUGCCCGGARGUGGGACAACCUGUGCUGGACGCAGCCAUGCUCCCCGCAGGGGAUAGAGCGUGUCGCUGGCAUGGCAGGGCAGAGCCCUAAACACCAGGCCCUGCUGAGUGAGCAGCCCAGUGACGAGGGGGAGACCUCUGCCCCHCCGGAGCCCCGCAGUGCCCUGCUGCAGGGCAGCCAGCUCUACGCCGUCAUCGAUGUGGUGCCAGUACGGCGCUGGAAGGAGUUCAUGCGGAUGCUGGAGCUGCGGGAGGCGGAGAUUGAGCUGGUAGAGCUGGAGGUGACCCACAUCCGUGACCAGCAGUACGAGAUGCUGAAGCGCUGGUGCCAGCAGACCAGCGCCACACUGGACCAUGUCUUUGCYGCCCUGGAGCGCAUGGAGCUGGCUGGCUGUGCCGAGGCACUGCGCCAGAGUCUGCCCGCGGGACCCUGACCCCCAGCGUCAGCACAGGGAGGUCCCGGCACCUCCACAUCUCACUGGGCACCUCAUCCCAGCCGUACCCCUAAGUAUUGUUACUUAUGCCGUGUAGACAUUUUAUGUCAGUUUUAUGCCCCCUUCCCACCUGCCCGUCCCCUCUAUUUAUGCCCCMCUGCUCUCAGGGCCGGGGAGGACCCCAUGCCCAGCACGUCAGCUGCCCAGCCACUCGCGGGACGAGCAGGCACUGAGCCCACCGCGAACCCAUGGGAUAGUUCUCAAGGCUGCCCGCUGCCGGGCGCUCCUUCCCCCGCCCCAAUAAAGUGGUGCGU